AUUUACAUAUUCGAAUCUCUCUUUAGGGCUACUUCACGUUAUGAGGGAGAGUGGGAAAAAUGAUUCGAAUUAGAAUAAUUAAUAGUUUCAUCCCUUCAAAUGUAACCGAAGGUCUAUAUAAGUGAUUAUGAUGUAAAGGAGACCUACUCGAUCAUGAUAGAAAUGUGCAAGUAAUGAAGCCAUGAAAGGAACUCAUGAGCCUCGUUCAAGCUCAUCCUGUGCAGCUUGCAAGUUGUUGAAGAGGAGAUGCGUCCCGACCUGCAUAUUUGCACCGCAUUUUCGCUCUGACGAGCCCUCGAAGUUUGCCAAAGUUCACAAAGUGUUUGGGGCAAGCAAUGUAAGCAAGAUCCUUAGUGAAGUGCCUGAGGAGCAGAGGGAGGACACCGUAAGUUCACUCGCGUAUGAGGCCGAGGCUCGGCUCAGAGACCCUGUUUAUGGUUGCAUUGGCGCCAUAGCUAUGCUGCAGGGAAAGAUGGUGGAGCUUCAACAUGAUCUCGCUAUUGCUAGAGCUCGUCUCGCUUGUUAUGGCCAUCCAAGUUCUUCAUCAGUUUCUUCUUCUUCUUUUGCGUCUUCUUAUACAAUGUUAGAGGAUCACCUUACUGAGGCUAACUUCGCUGGUCUUCCUGCUUUUAGUGGAUUUAACAAUGCCUUCAGUCAGAGCUCAACUGAAUUUAUGAGCCAACAUGGAACAAACAGUGGUUUUAGCUAUCCCCCAUAUAUACUAUAAUUCUGAUCUCUCUAUAUUCUCUCCCUCUUGUGAAAUUGAUAUGUUGUGGCCUUACUUUGUGAUCAUAAUGAGUGAAUUGAUGGAGUAAUUCUGUGGCUACCAAGAGAAAAUAGAAUAGAACAGUUCUGCAAACCCAGCAAAGCACUUUCUUUAAACAUGAAUUGUGAUUUUGUUGUGUAUACUUAUUGCCUUCCAGAUACUCCCAAACAUGUUUUUGGAACCCAGGAGAUCCGGAGUUCACAGUUUUGUGAGAACAUACUGAUCUGAUCUGUUUUCCUUGGUAGUAGCUAAUAUGUUAGUU